UUCAGUUUACAGGCUUACAGCAAACAUUCUUGUGGUAGUGAAUAACUUACAUAAAAACGGGAUGUCUUUAGAAGAUAAAUUUAAGAAAGCAUGUCAACAACUUCGAGACUUCACUAAACGUCCGCCAGAAGCUGAUCUGUUGGAAUUGUAUGCAUUAUAUAAACAAGCUAAUGAAGGAGAUGUUAACAAACCAAAACCUAAUGAUGCUGAAUCUAAAAAGAAAUGGGAUGCAUGGUCUGGUAAAAAGGGUAUUAAUAAAGAUGCCGCAAAACAAGCUUAUGUUAAUAAAAUCAACUCAAUUGCUGGAACAUACACAUAAAUUGAUAAAAUAAUUAGGAUUUCAAAGAAGUUUUUUUAUUGAUUUAAAAAUGGUUUCGAAUGGAAUUCACCGCGCCUUUUAUUGAUUGAUAACAAUUCACUUAUAAUAUGCAAUUCAUUAACAAACAGCACAAUUCAAUCAAUGUUUUAUUCUGCUGCUAUAAUAUUAAUUAAUAUAAUAAUUAUUAGUUACACAAAUAACUUGUUAUACCUAUAAUAAAUUAUUUUAGAAGUACCUAAUAAAAAUAUUCUGUUAUAAACUAUGAUAUUUAGAAUUUUCACAAUCUUGGAAUAAUAGGUACUAUUUUCAUUUAGGUUUUACAAUGGUGGUUUAAUUAGAAUCAAUACUUUUAUUUUUGUAAAAAUAUAAAUUUUUCGUCUGAAAUAUUGGUGUCCUAGGUCUAGGCCUCGGGGGUUUAAGUCUAAAUCCGCCACUGAAUUUAUAAUAAUUAAUGUAAUUAUUGGUAUAUCAUUUAGGUCCUAAUUUAAUUUUAAUGAUCGAAUAGAAUUGUUUAUUCUUGAACUGAACGAGAAUGUAAUUGAGACAAUUGUAACGUUGGAUCAGUAAAACAAGCGGUGACUGGUGGAGCUGAUCCAAAUAAUGAUAAAAUUCUCAAAUCUUUUAUGGAAUGCGAUAAUUUUCCAAAGAAUUAAAAAGGGCGUAAUAUUUACUUAACUAAACUGUUAAUUUUAUUAUCUUAUAUUUUUCCUAAUAAUUAUGACAUUAAUGGUUCUUUAAAAACACAUUUAUUGGGAUAUUUUCAGAGGCGGAUUUAAGAAAAAAUGCACAGUGGUCAAAAUCUAUAAAUAGGGCCGUUUUUUUUAAACUUCGUUAAUCACAUUGAUACCCCCUUGUAUUGAUCUUUCAUACAAAUUUGUCUCCCCCUCCCUUUUUUAGUCUUUGUGGUUUCCUUUCCUACAAAUUUGUUUGUACUAUGACGAAAAUUGUAUUGCUUUGACGAUUUGUCAAAAAAGUUGUCGAAAUUUUGUAAACAGAUAUCAUAUCAUAGAAAGUAAUACUAUACUUCCCAUUAAGAUACGGAUUACUCUAUUUUUAAAUUUCCCUUUCUACAACACCAAAAAAUAUACUUAGCAUACUGCACUUUUAUUAAAAGAUAUUUCUAUUUACUCAAACAUAUUCCACUUUUGCAAAUUUAUUAAGUAUUUAGUAUUUUAAAUGGAUUAACGUGUUAAGUAUAGUUCGUUCAAAUCAAAGUGGCACCGAACAAGAGAGGGUAUAGAUAUGAGUGCACA